UCCUUCAUUCCCUUCACAAUUGCUACAAUCUGAAAACCCCCCCCCAAAAAAAAUGAAUUUAUAAAAAACCCUCUAUUUCCAGCCGACCUUCAUUUCUCUCAGUGAACACAUUCAUGUGCCGAAUUUUGUGGGGUUUUUAUUGUUUCGCAGUUUAGUGAUUCUGUUAAUAAGAUGGACGGAAAUGGCAGUAUGAAUUUGAGGAACUGGGGGUUUCUUGAGAGGGCAACCACUCCACUAAAGAGCCAUUUGGGCCUCCAGCUAAUGUCAUCAAUGGCUGAAAAGCCCGUUUUCAGUGGUGAUGUUCAUGCCCACCACCGUGUCCUCCCAUCGGGGGUUAUGGCUUCAAUCAAUGGCGGGCCAUUCCACCAUCAUCGUGUUGGUGGGAUUUCUGAGUCCCACAUUCCCAUGGACUGUACGAGGGAGAAUUGGAUGAAUCACGGCAGAGAAAAGUAUGUAAAUAGUUUGCCCGGCAACCAAAACCAAGGCUAUUAUCAUCUGAAUUAUGGGCUUUUACCUGAGGCUUCGUCAGCCCAUUCCAUCCAAAUGCCCCAGCAAAUUAAUAUAGCAAAAAAUGAAAAUGCAGUACGGCAGGUGGAGGAGGUAAGAAAGGAGGGAGAGAAUGGUGGCAGUGGUGGUGCUCUUAAUAAGAAGAGAGGAGGUGGAAAAGUGCCAAAGUCUCCUGCCAAAGAGAAAAAACCUAGGACUAGAGCACCUAGGGAUCCUAGAGAAGAGUCUAGCCCUUCGGUUCAGCGAGCGCGGGCUCCCAAGAAACGGGCUGAAGUCAUGAUCAAUGGAAUCAAUAUGGAUAUUUCGGGGAUCCCUAUACCAGUUUGCUCGUGCACUGGGACUCCACAGCAGUGUUAUAGGUGGGGCUCAGGUGGGUGGCAAUCUGCAUGCUGUACUACUGGAAUGUCUGUGUACCCCUUGCCUAUGAGUACUAAGCGACGUGGUGCGAGGAUAGCAGGGCGUAAGAUGAGUAUUGGUGCGUUUAAGAAGGUCUUGGAGAAAUUUGCUUCAGAAGGUUAUAACUUCUCUAACCCAAUUGAUCUGAAGAGUUACUGGGCGAAACAUGGUACAAAUAAGUUUGUGACAAUUCGGUAAAUCUACGUGGAAGUGCUGCUGCUGGCCCAUGAGAUACAUGUGCUCCUUGAUUCUUCUAUACAUAUAUGAAUGGCCUGGCCCGUAGCAGAGGCUUCUGAGGUAGUCUCUAACUGGUGGAUAUCUCUUAUGAGUCAGCUUAUGCUUUGUUGGAAAAUUCCUAUAAGUUAUUCAGUUUAUUCCAUUCGUAGUUCAAGCAAAUGCUGAUCUUUUCUUGAUGACAGGGGAUAAGGAUAAUUGUUUAGAUUUAUAUCCCGCAACUACAGAUUCCUUAAUUGCUUUUUAGAGACUUUGGUUGAGAAAAUGAUUGAUUCU